AGCCCUAUGAUCUUCUGGUUCAGCGUCUGGAUCUGUGCAACAAACAUCACAUGCUUCCACACCCUGACAGUGUCGUCUUCUCUUAGGAUUCUGGACAAACGUGUGGACUGCAAUCAGCUGGGUCUUGAUAACUGUAAAAUUAAUAACUGCUCAGAUGAACGCAUGGUCGCACCCAGGCAACGUACUCCUGUGCCUCCAGACUGGAACCAUAGUGUGGGAGUCUGGAUGGACGAUGAUGGGCCUGUUCCUGCUGUAAAUGUAACUUGGAAAAUAAAGUCAGAUGGAAGUGUAAAAACCCUUCGUGGAACAGCGAUUAAUAUUCAGGAUGAAAGUACAAAUCAAAGCAUAUGUGUGCAGUUUUCUUACAAACUCAACUCAAACCAGCAGCAGAAUCCAAACUAUGGGCUGUGGACAUUUUCCUUGGAUGGGGUCAUGGUAGAGCUUGGGCAUACAUAUAGGGUGUCCGUUUUUAAUCUGCCAGAACCUGAAACAUUACGUUACAGGACUCCAAAUUCAAUUACCAUCCCAGGAUGCAGUGAUACAAAAAUCCAAAGGGCCCGGGUGUGUCUGGAAAAUGGGAGUCUGUGGGAUCCUCCCUUGACUACCACUGUGACUCUUGAUGAGGGACUUAAAAAGUUUUUCCUUGUUGUGGGUUUUGAGGCUGCAGAGUAUGCAGAGAGAUACCUCGUCUCCAUCCUCAGUCAUGGUUUCCAUUGCUCAAAGAACAUCUCAAAGGAAAACAGAACACGCCUGAAUGUGACAUUUGAGUUCGAUGUGUGGCAGCUCUCACAAUGUGAAGUGGUGUCAGUAAUUCAGCCAUUUUUCAUUGGAUGCAAGAAUGAUUGUCGGCGCCAUGAGGAAAAAAUCAAUUUCUGCCAGUAUUAUCUACCACGGACUUUAAUCAUAAAGGCAACUGUGGGGCUGCUUGUCAUCUGUGGUUUUCUUGCUUAUUCACUGUGGAGAGUGUCUCAGAAAGAUACUGUGAACGCAUCAUCAUCUGCUGCCAAACAACAAUCAGACCCUCCUCAAGUGCACGAGAGAAGAAGAGUCCUCAUUAUCUACUCCCUCGACCAUCCUUUAUACAAACACAUCGUACUCAAGCUUUGUGCCUUCCUUUCAACCAAAUGUGGCACUGAUGUGGUCCUGGAUCUGCUGGACUCUACAAGACUGGGAGUGUUGGGAGGGAUCCAGUGGUUGGACUGGCACAGGGAGCAAAUAGAGAGCUCUUCAGAUAAGAUACUAAUCCUGUGCUCACAGGGAGUACAAGCCAAAUGGAGAGCCAUGUGUGGUGGCAAACAGCUUUUACUGAGAGAGGACUCCCGCUCAACUGCAGGCGACAUGCUCAGUCCAGCCCUCAGCCUCAUGAUCCCCCAUCUUAUCCGAUCUGCAUCGUUUGAGAAAUACAUAGUGGCUUACUUUGAUGAUGUUUGCUCUGAAGAAGAUGUUCCUUCACCCUUCAACAUUACUGUUCGAUACAAGCUGAUGAAACAGUUUGAGGAGCUCUUUUUCAGAAUCCUGGACACUGAGAAGCACGAACCAGGCAGAAUGAAUCACAUUAAAGGGCUCUCAGAGGACGAGUACUGUCACUGUCCCUCAGGAAGAGCUCUGCGGGACGCCAUAGAGGCUUUUCGUGCAUACCAGCUGGAGCAUCCACAGUGGUUUGAAGAUGAACUACUGGAAACCUCAGAGCUGAAGGUUCAGGAGACCUCACCUGAAAUCUGUGACGAUGCAACAGCAACCAUGAAAGUCAUUGCACAGUGUGUAGCUAACUCAACACAAACAACACAAGAAAGCAAUCCUGUUGUGUUCAAUCAUCAUAUUGCUGAGAGCAAUCAGCCAGCUUGAUAAAAUUGCAUUUAGAGACAUCAGUGAAGAUCUUCACUGCUGUUUGAUGAAAUGAUCAAAAUCAAUCAAUUAGAUAUUAAAUUGUAUGUGAUACACCCAAGGAACAACAAAAAAAUCUGCAGAGAGAAAUCACCAGUGAACACAUACAGAUGUUAAACUCAUUGGAGCAAGUAUCAGCUGAUGUUUAGUUAGUUACCACAUUUUAAUGUGCAUUUCACAAAAAAAGAAAUAUGUGUGCAGUUUUGAACAUGUUCAUUUUUUCUUUAACAUUUUUAUGUUUUAUGUAUAUUUGUUUUGUGUAUAUUUUAGGCUGUUGUGAGGCCUUUUAAUUUUAAGGGGUGUAAGAAAAAAAACAAUAAAAAAGGAAAACACUAAAUUUGUCCCAA